AUGUUGCCAUGUGUCCAGCGGCUGCAGCUCUUCGUUUUGCUCUCGUCCGUCCUGCGGUCCUGCCAGGGGCAGAACUGCCCCGCUAGCUGCCAGUGCCCGGACCCCCACACAGUGAACUGCAGCGGCCGGGGGCUCGCCCGCCUGCCGGACCCCAUCCCGCUCGACGUCCGCCGUCUGCUGCUCUCCCACAACUGGAUCCCCGGGAUCCCCUCCGACUUCCUGGUGCUGUACAGCGACCUGGUGUACCUGGACCUCCGGAAUAACUCGCUCUCCCGCAUCGAGCCGGGCACGCUCAGCACCUCGUCCCGGCUGGUGUUCCUGGACCUGGGCUGCAACAACCUGACGGAGAUCCCGUCGGGGACGUUCGGGGAGUCCCGCAGCCUGAUCAAGCUCCGGCUGGGAAGCAACCCCAGCCUCAGCAUGGUGAGCAAGGACGCCUUCCUGGGCCUGACCUCGCUGCGCGAGCUGGAGCUGGAUCAGAACGCGCUGUCCGGCCUGGACGUGGGGGUCCUGGGCCAGCUGCCCUCGCUCAGGGUGGUCCGCCUGGAGGGGAACCCCUGGGAGUGCAACUGCAACUUUUCCAAACUGUUCGCCUGGCUGAUGGAGAACAGGCACAAGCUUCCAACAGGCAUCCAGGGGAUGGAGUGCUCGCUUCCCGUGGACGGGAGGCGCGUGGCGCUGAGCCAGCUCUCCGAGGACAGCUUCCGAGAGUGCCAGGUCACGCUCACGCUCACAGACUAUUUCAUCGUCAUCUUCUCCGGCAUCGCCGUCUCCGUGGCGGCCAUCUUGACCAGCUUCUUCCUGGCCUCCACCGUCCACUGCUUCCAGCGCUGGAGCAAAGCCAACAAGACAGACGAGGAGGAGAGCGAUGCCUGA